AUUGUAUAUUAAAUUCAUAUUACUUUUGUUUGUUAAUGUGUAAAUUUAAUUAAUGGCAACGCACGAAAUUUAUAGCGUGUGUAAAUAAAAUAAACAAAAAAUAUAAAGUAAAACACAAAUAAUAACAUGUCCAAAGUAAAAGCCGAUAAACUAUCGCCCAAAGAAAGUGCCAAAGGAGAAAAUAGUGAAAAUGAAUCAAUUUGUGAUGAAACAGCAAGCGUUAGUACUAGCACCACCUCACGCAGUAAAUCACCAGGCUCACGUGGUGGCCGUCGAAAAAGCCGUCAUAGUAAAUCACAUGUUAAUGUUCCGGCUUUCAAAUAUGACUGUCAUUUGAAAGAAGAUCAUGGCCAGGCAAUAUUUGGUGUUGCCUUUAAUUAUUUACUGCACAAAGACCAACCCAAUGUCUUUGCCACAGCAGGCAGCAAUAGAUGCAGUGUCUAUGAGUGUCCACGCAAAGGAGGUAUUAAGUUAAUCAUGUGCUAUGCUGAUCCUGAUCCCGAUGAAGUUUUUUACACCUGCACUUGGUCGUACGAUUUAAAAACAUCUGUACCGCUUUUAGCCACGGCUGGUUAUCGUGGCGUCAUACGAGUUAUCGACAUACAGAAAAACGAAGCGGUGGGAAAUUAUGUUGGUCAUGGUCAAGCUAUAAAUGAAUUAAAAUUUCAUCCACGUCAACCGAAUCUCUUGCUGUCGGGAAGUAAAGAUCAUGCCAUACGUCUGUGGAAUAUACAGUCACACGUUUGUAUUGCCAUAUUUGGAGGUGUUGAAGGUCACCGGGAUGAGGUACUCUCCGUAGACUUUGAUUUACGUGGUGAACGUAUAAUGUCUAGUGGCAUGGAUCACUCGCUAAAACUAUGGCGCAUUGAUACCCAGGAAUUUAAAGAAACCAUUGAAAUGUCUCGUACAUUCAAUCCCAAUAAAUCUCAAUUACCAUUCCCCACCAUCAUGCAACAUUUCCCCGAAUUUUCAACACGCGAUAUACACCGCAACUAUGUGGAUUGUGUCCAGUGGUUUGGCGACUUUGUGCUCUCCAAGUCAUGCGAAAAUUCCAUUGUUUGCUGGAAGCCAGGUCAAUUGCACCAAAGUAUUUCUCAGCUAAAACCCAAUGAUGCCUCCUGCACCAUAAUCUGUGAGUUUGAUUAUGAUGAAUGUGAAAUAUGGUUUGUACGCUUCGGUUUCAAUCCGUGGCACAAGAUCAUAGCACUGGGUAAUCAGUAUGGCAAAGUGUAUGUUUGGGAACUGGAUCCUUCAGACCCCAAACAUACGCAUUCUAGCACUUUGAAUAAUGUACGCUGCACUUCUAUAGUAAGACAGACUGCAUUUUCGCGUGAUGCCAAUGUUUUGGUAUGGGUAUGUGAUGAUGGUACUGUUUGGCGUUGGAAUCGUAAAAAUGCUGAAGUACACACGCCUUAAACGACGUUGCAGAAGUCUGUAAGUAGGUAGACGUUUAAGAAAUCUACACAAACUUUAUGUUGUCAUUAAUUAGUAUUUUUUAUAAAAAUGUUGAAAUUUAUAAUAACAAACGUUGUAUGAUUUUAAAUCAAAAUCAAAAUAUUUAAAUAAAAUUUGUUUUAAUUAUUACAAAAUAAAAACAUAAA